GCUAUCUGACAAACUGUUGCCUUGUAUUGUCCUUGUUCUCCCUUCUCAUCCUGGGCAUUGGAGCAGGAGUUCACUCAUACAGGACAUUCAUUGUUAGGAGUAACUACGCCGGCAUGUGUCGUCUACCACUGAGAGAUAUAUUCUCUGAAUCCACCAUUAUUGGCGCUACUGUCAGGAAGAUGAUGGAUGAAGAGUUGUACAGAGAAAUGAUUGAAGAACAUGAGAGAGAGGAAGUGGAAAGUCUCCAGCUUCUGCCCGAUUUAAAGAGAUCUUUCGAGUUCGAUUUCGACAUCGACGUUGAGGAGGAGAACUACGAGGUUGUAGAACUCCCAGAGCUCUUCAUGGGAAGAUACAUGCAUGAUUUCCAGGAAAAUUACACCGUGAUUAUUGACUCUCUCCGUGACCGUUGCUACAUCCUAGACCUAGACAGGACACUGGUUCCACCUCCAAGGGACAUGUUCGACAUGAUCGAGAAGAUGAAGAGAGGGGUGUACGAUGUAAACUUCCAGGAGAUUAAGAAGAAUUAUCGUAGACCUGCUGAGGAGCUACUCAACUUGAACGGUUUUGGAAACCUGAUUAUGCGCGCAUGCGCAAAUAAACAAUCCUACAAGCUGGAGGAGCUGGUUGGAGAUAUCCUCGUAAAGAGGGAUACUGGAUCUGCAGAUCUUGAGAAGUUUGGAGAAUUCACUGGAUCCUCAAUCCUUCAGUACCAUAUUGUCAACCUAGACUAAACUCAGACUAACUCCGGCUCCGAUUAUUUAAAAUGUCGUCUUUCAGUUGUUUAGUUUAGUCCGAGCUGGAAGGAUUAAGACUUCUACACUCUGUCUACAGUCUUAAUUAAUAAUUAUUCCGCUUAACUUUACUGAACAUUCUUAGGAGCAUUCCUUUCGGGGCAUACCAAGGAAUGUACAUCAGGAACACUCAAUAUCAUGCUUACAAAGUAGUGUACUGCAAUAUUUUGUAAACAACGAUAUUAGGGCUCUAGGUGUUUUUUCUUUUGUCUGACAGUAAAUGUAUAUUGUAUUAGUACGUAAACUAUUUUAUUCCUACGUAAAGUACACGAUAGCCAAUUAAAUUUCAAAUUUUUAUGAAAAAUCGUAACGUGUAACGUAUUGAGUUGGAAGUACCAGAGUAAUAGUUUAAUAUUUAAUCAAAUAUAUUCAUACAAAAUUUACUGCACAACAAGCAGUAAAAAAUAUACUCUAGACAUAGCCGACAAAUAAAUAAACUAAAAUUC